AUGGUUUCCACCCAAACAAUCAGAGCCUCCAAUGAGACGGCACUCCCCACCUCUAUUCUUCAAGGAGUAACCGCCGUUUUCAUUGGUGCAUCAUCCGGAAUCGGACAAGCUGCUCUGAAGCAAUUUAUCACUGCUGCCAAAGGCAAAUCUCCUCAUGUGUACAUCGUUGGUCGAAGCGCAACGAAAUCAGAGCCCCUUCUUGAAGAGCUCCACCGGACCGACGAGUCCGCUAUCAUUCACUUCAUCGAGAAAGACGUUUCGCUUCUACGAGAUGUUGAUGCUGCCACUGAAUUUGUCAAGAAGCAUGAAUCAAAGGUUGAUCUCCUCUUUCUCUCUGUUGGUUUCAUCUCAUUUGAGGGCAGAAAAGACACUGUUGAAGGUCUCGAGCCAUCAAUGACUACCAGAUUCUACAGCCGUGCUCGCGCUAUCCAACAACUUCUCCCCCUCUUAAACAACUCGGAAAAUCCCCAUGUAAACAACGUCGCAGCAGGGGGUUUGGAAGGCCCCAUGCUCACAGAUGAUCUGGGCCUCAUCAAACCCGGCAACUACUCUCUUCCCCGCGCUGCUGCACACUCCACCUCCAUGCUUACCCUCACGCUGGAACGGUGGGCCAAAGAGAACCCGAAGAUCAGCUUUGUUCACUCCUUCCCUGGUCUCACCAACACCCCGCUUCUCUAUCGUGGAUCCAGCGGCAUUACGGGCUUCAUCCUCCAGAAGAUCAUCGCCCCAUUCAUCAAUACCUUUAUAGCUUCCAGCGUGGAAGACGUGGGCGCAAGGUCAUUGUUCCAUGCCACAAAUGCCCGAUAUACGGUAGACGGCACAGCCUCCUUGUCGGCUGCGAAGCCCGCCGGUUUGGAAAAGGCACCCGUGACAGAGGGCGGUAUCUUUCUUGUCAACGAUAAGAGCGAGGGUGCAGGCGACGAGAAGGUGCUGGCAGAGCUCAGAAGCUCAAGCGCCGACUUGGUGGCGGCCCAUUUAGAGGAAGUAUUCUCAAUUGUGGCCAGGUCUUGA